AGAUCCACUUGCUAUGUGGGGGCAAGGGUUACCGGGCUCACUUCCUACCUGAGAUGAGUGUGGGGAGCAACUCGGACUAGACUAAGUUACUGGAAUUAAGACUUAUUCUAUGCAUCUGCUCUCCCACAAUAUGGCGCUGGGAGAGAAGAAAACAGCUUCUACACAGCUGCCUCCAGUUCAGCCAAUAAACUGUAGGACUUGCUCCUGAUUGGAGGAGAGCAGCGUACUCGGCGUGUGGGUAGCAGAGUUGGGAUUGGUGGAAGAGGACUAUAAAGGAGGAGAGAGACAACAUGCACCAGGAACAUCUAAGGGGAACAUCUAAGGGGAACACCUGUGCAGCCCCCGAGAGAGCCGGCCGGCGGUGUGCCGCUCCCCCGCGGAAGUGGGGAAUGUGGCAGGGGGAACCGCCCUUCCACGGAGGUGGAAGGGACGGUAGCCACCCCGGGAAGAACCAGCAGCAAACCCGGGGAGGGCCGAGCAGACGAAAGAACAGCGCAGGGUCCUGUGUCGUUCCUCCACGAAGACGGGGAGCGACAUAAUGGUGCCGUGACUCGGAUAUGAAGCCUAGGCAGGGUUUAGUGUCGUUCCCCCAUGAAGACGGGGAGCGACAGAUGAGUUUGUCGCUUCCUUGGGAGAAACACUGCUCCUGAGGGCUCAGCACGAAGCUGUCCCAAGGAGACAGAUGUGAGGCUGUGAUGCGGCCAUCGUCCCGUCCUAGUUCUGGGCAGUGCAGGACCUGAGGAGUUGAAGCAGGGAGUUUCUCCUUUUUUCCUAAGUUGCAUUCUAUGUGUGUGAGAGUGAAGAGGGGAAAGAGAGAGUGCUAGUGAGAGAGAGAGAGAGAGAGAGAGGGAGGGAGGGAGCUAGGGAGAGGGAGCUAGGGAGCUCCUCCAUCCUCUGAUACAGCCCAUAAAUGACCUCCAGGCCUUGGCCAGGCUCAAGCCAGGAGCCAGGAGUUUUGGUGGUUGUUGUUACAGGAGCCCAAAAACCCCAAGUGCCUGGCAGUGCCUCGAUUCCUCCCUACCGGGUGGAGGACAGUCUCAGAGGAUGUAGCUUUCUCGGCUGCCUCUGAUUGGGCCUUCCAUGUUUGGACUGCACAGACCCCACUACCUUCUGGGCUUCCAGGGUUUCUGCCAAGAAAUCUGACGAUGACUUAGGGGGAAAGGGUGACAGAGCCACCUUCCUCUCAGCUCUGGAGGUGCGAACAGUGUACCUGGCGGUGUCUUGGGCAGCAGAACACUUGUUGAGUUUACCGAGGCCAGAGAUGUUGUUCCAUCAUUCUGAGACCCAUCACUCAGAGAGUAAAGACAAAGGAGGGGCUAUACUAAGUGGAGACACUAGGAGGUCUUCAAAAGAUGCAACGUAUCAUCAUAUUUAAACUAGUAAUGAGAAGGCCACCCAAGCAAUCUAUAGGUUGGAGUUUCUCAAAAAUUAAGUAUCAAGCCCUAUCACCAACCUAGGCCAAAAACUCUUUGGGUAUCGUUUUAAUUUUAUUGGAAGAUUAUCGAGAAAAACCACUGUGGAUGAACUACAGCUCCCAUUGGUCAAUUUCUUGCUCUGACUUCAUAAGUCACCACUGUUAUGAAAGUCAUAUUACACAGUCCCUGGCUGGGCUGUGACUGGUCCAUUUCUUGCUCUGCUCUCACAAGGCGCCAUUAUGUGAGGUGAACCCCCAAAAAGUAUAUAUAGCUGCUACGGGGGCCUAGAUUUUUGUCCGCCUUACCCAGAGAGCACUCUUUUGUGAUCUGUGUAACUAGGACCCAUCUAACCAGCCUUUGCGCUCAUUGGUGUUGCUUGUGCUUUUUCUUGGUUGUUUGUUUCUGGGUCUAUUUGGUUUUUGCUUUUUUCCAUUUUGUUUAGUUUGUUGUUUUCCUCCUCGUUGUUGUUUUGCCCAUUUGGUCUUUUUUUGCAGUUUUCUUUAUUUUUGCUUCCCCCACUCUAGUCAGCUAGCACACUCAGAAGUAUCAGCGUUCGAGGAUUUAGUGGCUUUUCCUCUUUGUUUUUUCUGCAUUAUUGAGAUAGGCUUGCGGCAUCGCCGCUAGAGUAGUGAGAGUAGCUGGUGCUGUGUCUUAGUCAGCUGGGUAGUCAGUCCCCCGUGGUCCCUUUGUGUUGUAGGCAGUGCAGUGAGGAUCGGUGAUUAGCUAGUGUGUGUCGAGUGAUUUAGGGAGUCGAGAGAGCGUAGUUAGGUGACCGGCAUCAUGGAAGACCCCUUGGACUUCCAUCCUCCUCUGGAUGGGAUCCGUUUUGUGGACGUAAUCGGCCGGGGCGGCUUUGGCCUGGUGAAGCUGGCCCGGCACCUGGCGUCGGGCAAGUACGUGGCAGUGAAGAUCCUCCUGCGAGACUGCUCUCCCAGCAGCCCGCUGUCCGCGCAGGGGGAGGCAGCCAUCCUGAGGAGCCUGCGGCACGACAACAUCGUGCGGCUGCUGGAGGAGCGGCACACGAGGACGCACCGGUUCCUGGUCAUGGAGCUGGCGACCAAGGGCUCGCUCCAGAGCUACGUGUUUGAGCAGGGCGGCCUGGCCGAGGCCGAGGCCAGGACCCUGUUCGGCCAGGCGCUGGCCGCCGUGAGCUACUGCCAUGCCCAGCGCGUGGUGCACCGGGACCUCAAGCUGGGCAACCUGCUGCUGGACGAGCACAUGACCAUCAAGCUGGCGGACUUCGGCCUGAGCCUGCGGCUGGAGCAGGGCACACUGGCCAGCCACAGCAGGAGAGGAGCCCUGCUCCCAGCACCACCCCCAACUCCUCCCAGGCCUCCAGCCAGCCACAGCAGGAGAGGAGCCCUGCUCCCAGCGCCGCCCCCAACUCCUCCCAGGCCUCCAGUGAGUCUUACCCUCCCCCCUGCCUCGGGGCCUCCAGGAGCUGAGCCCAAGGCCCCCAAGGUGACCCCACACUUGACUCUCUCCUACCAGGCCAGCCACAGCAAGAGUGGAGCCCUGUUCCCAGCGCCGCCCCUGAGCCAGCCUCCGAAGCGUCGCCCUCCAGCCCCAGUGCCGGGAGCCACGUGGACCUUGCAGAGCCAGAAGCCGCCGCCGCCGCAUCCCGUGAGCCCAAGGAUGCUGACACCACAGACACCAAGGCCAGCGCCCAGGGCAAGAGGCAGGGCCGUCGCGGGGUCGGCAGGAGGAUCCUCCGGUUCCUGCUGAGGGCGUGCUGCAUCCUGCCAUCCCAAGUGAGCAGCCCUGGCAGCUGCUGCAGAGUGGUCCCCAAGUAGCCUCGCCCCGCCCCCGUCUCCAGGAGCUAUCCGCUGAGCUGACUGAACUUUUCUUGAGCAUUUGCACAUGCUUCUCAUGAAUAAAAUUCACCAUG